AGCUUGGGUUGUUAUACAGAGAAACCCCAAAUAGGACAGAACAGGUGAGAGGCAUGUUCAUGUAAUUUGCAUGUGGUCAUAUGAAUGCAGGUUAGCAGAGUCAGAGUCAGUUGCUAAACAUUCUGCAGGAGUUUUCUUCCUGUAUGUACCCGCCCCCACCCCAGACCAUACACAAACGGUGGUUCUUGCCUUCAGCCCCCACCAGGGAUUACUAUGGGCGACAGGGACCUCAGGCUUCCAGUGACUCUCCAAUCCUGUGUUCUUGCCUGAAAAAUGAAAAUAAUGGCACAGCUGUGAGGCAAAAUAGCUACAUUGACUUGCCAAAGGUCAUGUUUCUUUCUGGCUCUGUUUCCCCUAAUGUAAGCAGAGUAUCAGUUGUCUGUAACUUAUUUUUAAGAUGAACGUUGAAUCAAGCUCACGGGCAUUUCUUGUGGUUGAUGUACCUAGAGCCUGGGGUACCAGGACAGAUCAAACAGCCAGGAUAAAGCCACUGGCCCAGCUAGGACGGAUCCACGCCUCGGGGUUGGAUUAGUUGGGCCUGCCCGUCUCCCGCCCACAUAGCGCCCCGCCUGCCCGCGCCACCGCCACCCCGCCCACCCGGUGGCUCCUGGCAGCUGCUCCCAGAGCGCCCGUAGCGCUCAAAGAAGGUGCUGGGGCUUGUGUACCCCGCGCGUCCGAGGUCCGGCUGAGCAGAACAUGCAGAAAGAGGCUAGCUGGGUAGCAGGCCCAUAGGAGUUUCCCUGCCACCCAUGCCAGUACCGCGCCUAGGGCUCAGACCUUCGAGGAACGCUCCGGAGCGCGUGGGAUCUGGGUACCCCCGAGGCUCUGGGAAAGGUGAGAAGUCAGAGGCCAAGGCCGGGGCAGUGCCCAAGGCCGGGGCAGUGCCCAAGGUGUCAGGCCUGGAGCGCAGCCGUGAGCUCAGCACCGAGUCUUUACUGCCUGACACAGCACCGGCGCCCUCAGGACCUCUGCCAGAAGCUCGGGACAGCCCCCUGGUGAAGAGGGAAGCCCCCAUAGUACCUCACCACAUCUCUCAGCCACAGCUCACCCCGCAGCAUCGUGGCUCACUCCCAACACACGUGCCUCUGUCCUUGGGCGCCUUUGUGGGCUCUGGCUCUGGCCAGGUGGCACCCAACAGCCUGCACCUGCACAGCCUCAGCAGGAGCAGCAAUACAGUCAGCGGCACCCCUCUGGGCCUGGCGAAGCACGUGACACUGUCACAGCACGUGACACUGUCGCCACAUGGCCCUGGCCCCCACCUGUCUACCUCACACCUGGCGCUCAGGUCCCAGGCGCAGCACCAGCACCACGCUGCAGCAAUGUUUGCUGCCCCCCCAACACUGCCCCCGCCCCCAGCAUUGCCUGCCAGCAGCCUGGUCAUCCCAGGACACCCUGCCGAUGCCAGCCUGUUGAUCUCAUUCAACCAGCCAAUCAUGUAUUGCCAGCCUCAUUCGGGGAUUCUGAUUGAUCAUGAACUGCUCAGGCAAGAGCUGAACACGCGGUUUCUGGUGCAGAACACCGAGCGGCCUGGUGCCUCCCUGGGCCCGGGGGCUCUGCUGCGGGCUGAAUUCCACCAGCACACGCAUCAGCACACGCACCAGCACACACACCAGCACCAACACACAUUUGCCCCCUUCGCUGGCCUGCCCCCGACGCCGCUCAUGCCACCCAGUGCACCCUCGCCCUUUGACAAGUUCUCUCCCAAGCUGGACAGCCCCUACUUCCGACAUUCCAACACUUCAAACUCAAUCGAGAUAACAGGCCGGGCCAGUGCGGUUCACACUUUCCUGCAGAAAGCCCCUGGGGUGCCUGAUCCAUACCGGACAACAGUCAGGAAACCAGGGAAGUGGUGUGCGGUACACGUGCAGAUCGCCUGGCAGAUCUACCACCAGCAGCAGAAGAUGAAGAUGCAGCUGGACCCCCACAAGCUGGAGGUUGGCACAAAGCUGGACCUUUUCAGCCGGCCCCCCGCCCCAGGCAUGUUCUCUGGGUUCCACUACCCACAGGACCUGGCCAGGCCCCUCUUCUCCAGCACAGGUGUCACUCAUCCAACCGCCAACCCAUUUGGACCCUCAGCUCAUCAUGGCAGCUUCCUGCCCUCUAGUCAUCUAACAGACACCUUCAGCAGAUCCAGCACCUUUGGAGGCCUGGGGAGCCUGGGCAGCCACGCUUUUGGAGGUCUGGGCAGCCAUGCACUGAGGGGCAGCAUCUUUGCCUCCAAGGAGGGCACAGCUUUGCUUGGCCUGCCCAGUCCCCAUGAUUCCUGGAACCGACUGCACCGGGCACCGUCUUCUUUUCCUACUCCGCCCCCAUGGCCCAAGCCAAUGGAUACAGAGCGCUUCUCAACCCUGACCAACUACGACCGAGAGCCUGACAAAGGCCAGGAAGCGCAUGAGCGGGACCUCCUGGAGAAGACGCACCUGCUUAGUCACAACUCGCCUGCAGCACCAGUGAGCCACCCCAUCAGCAGCCUCCUGCAGCAGGGCCCCGAUGAGCUGGGCCUCCCUAGAAUCCUCACAGAGAGCGAGACCUCGCCUCGGGUCAAGGAGAGGCACUCAUCAGGCAAAGAGGAUGGUGCCAAACAGGGUGCACGACCUCCAUCGCCCUACUGCAAGGCAGCCCUGGAUGACUGCCUGUUGGGUCGGGAGUCCGGGAAGCAGACGCCUGAGCAACCCCAGGGCGAUGUGAAGGUAAAGGAGGAACACAGGGAAGACGAGACACCGGAGCUCACGGGCAUCAGCGUGCACUCCACAGCCACACAUCUGGGUCUGGGCACAUCGGGCUUUGUGUGGGACCUGCCGCGCGACACCUAUCGGGGCCUAGAACUGCCGCGCCGCACUUUUCCCGCCCCGCCGCCCGCUGCGGGCCCCGCUGCCUUCGAGCUCUCUGAGCGCACCUACCGCGACCGUGAGCCUCACGACUACAACCCGGAGUUCCUGCGGGAGGUGCGCCGGGAAGAGCUGGAGCGCGCGUGCGCACCCGCCUCGGGCACUGCGCUCUUGCCAGCACUGCAUUACCCGCGCCUGGCUCCUGGCGCGCUACACGGCACGUUCCUGGCCCGGACCCCGCCGGCCACCGCCGCACUCGGGGCGCCUCCUCCACUGGUGGCUGCAAGCGGGGUGUCUACGCCACCAGCGCGCUCUAGGACGACGCCGUUGGCGCUUGGGCCUGGCGAAGCGCGCGACUACUCGCCAGCGGCGUGCAACCCACCUGAGGUGGAGGCUCGGUAGUCCCAGCAUAGCAGACUGACUUAAAUACCUGGGAUCUGAGCACAGGUCCUCUAUUCCAGGAGCAGCGCCGCUCGCUCCACGCUGCGGCUUGCAUAGUCCAGGACUUUACUCUUUUCUGGGGGUAACUUCAUUUUCCGAGCUUGCAGUUAGGACACUGGGAAAAAUUUAGCUUUGUACCCCACACACACAGGUGACAAGCAUUUUUAAUGGUUUUGUAUUUUUCUUAAUUUUGUGCUCUAACAUUUUAAAGAACCAAAAAAAGAAAAAAAGAAAUUUUAUUUGGGAUUUACAGUUUCACGUCUCAGAUUCCGUUUGAUCCCCAGAGUUUGUCUUAUUUAUGGAAAGAAACAGUCUUUCUGUCUAGCGCACUGUGAGGCUCCACACUCAGGCCCGGCUCUGGCCUUCCCUUGGUACUUGGAACCGAAGUUACAGAUAUAUAUUAAAAUAAUAAUAAUAAUAAUAAUGUACAAAACUUUGGGGUUUCUGCCUUAUUAUGCAUAGGUGUAAGAGGAUUUCUUUGGUUUGAUUUUUUUUUAGAGAAAAAAACAUGUAAAUAUUCUGUUGAUAUAAUUAUAAAACUUAUUAAAUUCUUAACCUGGACAGUCUAUAACAAGUUUCUAGAAAUCCCUCUGGUUAUUUGUGUACAUGGUCACAAAAACCCACUUGGCUGUCAGUUGAACACACUCAGCAGAGUAUCUGCAGCGACUAUCCUUCAACUAUGCAAGCCUCUGAGGCAAGACAGGUUGUUAGGGGGGGAAAGUUCCUGAGCCACCUGUCAGGGUGGUUAGACCUCUCAGAGAGCCACACUAAUGGGCAUCUCUUUAGACUCACUGUGGACUUCAGGACUGACCCUAGUUACAAGGACAAACCUGUGCCCACAUUUUAAUCCUAGUGUCGCGUUGUCUGGAUUUUAGAAGUUGGUUCUGAGAAAAAGAUUAGGUUCUUCCUAGCAUCUGUCUGGUGUUGCCCUCCCCACCCUCACUAUCACCACUGAACCAAACAGUCUGUUUUCUUACCAAUCAACAGUGAUAAAUACAGCCUUGAUUUGGAUAAAA